AAGAUGACGAAAACAUGUUAAACAAAAGAAGAAGAAAAGACGCGACGAAACGAAAGCAAAGGGGAGUACGGUUACCCAAGGAAUAGCAUAGACAAGAAAGUAUUCCCGGUAGAACCUGAUAAGAGGGUAAUUCUCAAGUGAAAUGGCACUACUGGGUGGAAUUUUGUUUCAGGAGAAGGUCAGCAGGUUGCUCUGCAAACAGAAUGGAAAACCUGUACUCAAACCCAACAAACCUCUUGUCCUGAGAGAUGCGGUGACCAUCCGUAAACCUAAGAAAGGAGAGGCCACAUGUAUCACAGAGUUGUCAGUCAUGAUGGCCUGUUGGAAGCAGAACAACUUUGUGGACAGCCUGUGCUCCAAAGAGAUGGCUGAUUUCUACACCUGUGUUGGAGAGGCUCAGGCUUCAAUGAAAAAGGCAGGAGAAACCAGUCUUCAAGGAGGACGCCUGCAACCACAACCAACCAAUCUCCUGCUGAAGAGAUAUCCCAAUCUACGUUUUGAGAUCUAGGAACAUUAAUUUUGUUUUAAACUUUAUAAAUGUACAAAAUCAAAAUCCA